AUGGCACAGAACAUGACUGACGCUGAGCUCGACCACGACUGGCAGCCCAACGGCCGUCGCCCCCAAUCCACCAUCGCUCGCUCUUUCUCCCAGGAGCUUGCCGACAUCUUCCGCCUUGACGAUUCCGUCACCGACUUCGACGGGAAGCUUGACCAACGAAAGCAAAACGUCCAGAGUCAGACAAGCGAGCUGGAGGCUCUCGAGCGUCGCAUUCGCGAAAUGGAAGAGCGGUUGAAGAACAAUGCCGUCAACAAGCAAACAUCUACCAACGAGCCGGCCACUACUGGAGUUGCCGCGCCCACGUUGUCCAAGGAAGCUCAGGAGAUGGCCAGGUCACGACCAGGUACGGCGCGCCAAAACCAGCCUCAUGCCCCGUCUUCGGCCAACAUGCCGCCCACGCCUACUGCCAGCGAAGGUGAAUACGAUUUCGUCGGCAAGGAUGACCUUGACGACCACCCACCCCGACACUGA